UGUGAUUGUACACUGUUCGAGUUAAAACUAUAUCGCAUUAUGAGUGUGGUUUAUCCUUCGAGUUUAUUUCUAUUUAUAUCACUGAUGUUGAACCGUUCCUUCUUAUCGUUAGGUGAGGUUCAGUUAUUCAGGAUAUCCAAAAGUAAUAUCAGUAAAGAGAUUGGUGACAACAUCUCACUGAUUUGGGAGUACAAUGUUACAACAAAUAGAGAUGCAGAAUUCAAGUCCACUUCACCAAUUUGGUUCUUUGAUAAAAAUGGAACGGAAUCUAAAAUUGCAUUUGAAGACCAAUUUGAAACUCCUAAAUGGAAGUGGACUAUCUCAAAUGACUGUCCUGAACAGUUUUUAAAACCAAAACAGAGGAUUCACAAAGAAGGAAAAGCUACCUUGUUUAUUACAAACUUAUCCUUGUCUGAUAGUGGAAAAUAUACAUGCAAGAUAGAAUUAAUAAGUGGAUCAGAUCUGUCUAGCUCUGUACAGCUAUUCGUAGUGUCAACACCCACAACUGCUGCCCCGACAGCUACUGCAACAAUUAACACAGGCUCAACUUCCUCGACAGCCCCAAGCAGCAGUAAUACCACAGGCAGCACAACCAAAUCUGGAACAGAUGGUGAUAGUGAAGCUUUAAGUGAUGAAGCUAUUGCUGGUAUUUCAGUAGCAGUAAUUGUAGUGGUCGUAGUCAUUGUAGUCCUUGCCGUAUGCAUGUGGAAAAAGUCAAAAAACAAUGGAAAUAAUGGCUCUAAUAACAAGUCAGGCCCGUUGGAAAUGGAUAAACCACCAGGUGAUGGUAAUACCACCAGUCCUGAAGCAUAAUUGUUUAUUUCAGAAGAAAGAUAAAAAGAAGGGACUAAGGAUCCCGAUGUCCUAAUUAAAAGACCAUCAGCWCCACCUUACUGCAAUUUUCAACAUGCUUUACCUCCAUGGCUUGGAAAKAGACAAUUAUUUUCAAUUGGAAUUUUGGCUUCCUGUGAKYGAUAGUAGAAGAUGCUUGAAUGCAAUUUGAGCCUGCAYGCUGAAACAACGAAAAGCUGACUUGUUUAWGACAGGUUGAMAGAUUGUGAUUGACAGCAGCAAGAGGAAAGAUUCUACACUGGAACUUGAAAAACCAAGUUUGUGAAAAUUGCAGUAAUUCUUGCCUUUAGUUAAAAUUAAAGCAUAUAUUUAGUAAGGUAUUUCAAGGGUGGAUCCAGAUGGACAAGGGAUUUGCACCCCACCCUUAGUUCACUAUUUCUAUUUUAUGUCUCUUUUUGUGCCUACACGGAAUCCUGCCACAAAAUCAGCGUUUUUGUGUUCUUCAGUCGCCUAAACUUUUCAAAAAGUGUGUUGGUAGGACCGUAUUUUGCCUCUACUCUGAGCUUAAAGCCUGUCUUUAAGCUCAGAGUAGAGGCAAAAUACGGUCCUACCAACACACUUUUUGAAAAGUUUAGGCGACUGAAGAACACAAAAACGCUUUGACCUCCAUUUUGAAUGCAAACGAGCCAUUCUCCGGGARAAUCUCGGCUAAAAGUUUGUCAUCUAACUCGGUUCUUUGAGAAAGUUAGCUCAAAACUACCUUCGCGCUUUAUGAUGCUGAUGCAGUAGCGAGUACUAGGAAUAAAGGCGUGAAAAACAAGCAAAAUUCGACUUCAUCGCCUCCCUGAAGCCAACUACAACGAAUUCYGCUCGUUUCUCGCUAGACUGUCCAAAAGAGCAAAGACUAAGCACUAAAAUUAAGAGUUGCUAUGGUAACAGCAGACAAGAAGUGUAGAAACUCGAUUGUAAGGACCCAAAAAAUCGCUAAAAUGGCAAUAUACUAUGUGGGUUAAAGGGUUAACGUCUCUUUGAAGGAAAGUCUGGAUCCACUUUUGUCUUACCGCAUUCAGUAGACUUUGUUAUUAUUAUAGCAACUUAUAACAUGUUAUCUAGAUAUUAUCRCAAUAUGCUGUUUAGCCACAUGUCAUGUGAUGGAGCCCUUUAGUUAGCUAAAAUAACCAAGACCAUGCUUUGCAAGCCAUAGUGCGCAAUAUCCUGGUACUAUACUACAGUUAGAAUGGAUUUUGUAUGAUUGCAAAAACCAUGGCACUUUCGUGCCGAGACUGUACCAUAUGCCGUAACGUGCGUGUCAGUGUCGUGGUGAUGUGCAGUUUACACAGCCAAACAAAAUCUGCUCUCACUAGUAAGCAAGCUCAACUUUGAUUUGCGGACAGACUUGCGUUUUUAAGUGCAAUGUUG